AUGGCCGCUCCACCGGCUAGAGCUCGAGCGGAUUACGAUUUCCUCAUCAAACUUCUCUUAAUCGGCGACAGCGGUGUUGGUAAGAGUUGUCUCCUUUUACGAUUCUCAGAUGGUUCCUUCACCACUAGUUUCAUUACAACCAUAGGUAUCGAUUUCAAGAUAAGAACAGUUGAGCUUGAUGGAAAAAGAAUCAAACUGCAAAUCUGGGACACUGCUGGCCAAGAGCGAUUCAGGACAAUCACAACUGCUUAUUAUCGUGGAGCCAUGGGUAUUCUGCUAGUAUAUGAUGUCACUGAUGAAUCAUCCUUUAACAACAUCAGGAAUUGGAUCCGGAACAUAGAACAACAUGCAUCUGACAAUGUAAACAAGAUACUGGUUGGCAACAAGGCUGACAUGGAUGAAAGCAAAAGGGCUGUUCCUACCUCAAAGGGUCAGGCACUUGCUGAUGAAUAUGGCAUCAAAUUCUUUGAGGCUAGUGCAAAAACAAAUAUGAAUGUGGAAGAGGUCUUCUUCUCUAUAGCUAGAGACAUAAAACAGAGACUCUCCGAAACUGACACGAAGGCUGAGCCUCAAACCCUUAAGAUUAACCAACAAGACCAGGCAGGAGGGACUUCUGAAUCGGCUCAGAAAUCAUCAUGCUGUGGCUAAUAAUUAUCAACCCUUUGACCCUUCUUGAAAAGGGUAGAAAGGGAACAAUAAAAAGAUGGUCAAAACCAGUUGCAACUUUGAGAAGGGUAUGAAGAUAUAAAGCCAUCAAUAAUGUUGGUUUUGCAUAUAAUAAUUGAAAUUAUAAAGUGAUGAAAGCUGAGUUUUUGGUUGAUGGGUAGUUUAUUUAAUGCAUUGUGACUCUCAUUGGAUGUGAGGCAACUCUUGUUAUUUGUUUUUUCUUCUUUAAAAAGUAACUUUUCAUUUAAAGAUAUAUAAUUAUGAUUGGAACUUAUGGUUUCUUUGAUUUAUUAUGAAAUCCCUAUGGAGGGUGAUUCACGUGCACUUUUUGUUUCAUUUUUUUAAAGAGCUAUCUAUAAACCAUUUGGCUUAGUUAGAAAUCUCCAUCUCCAUUUUACAAACAUGG